AUGAGGGGAGGGAAGAGGAGGAGCGCGCGCCAUUUGCAGCCGCUGCUCCAGCCGCGCCGCGCAGGUCCCGCUCCGCAGCAUAAUAAAAUGGCUAAUCAGGUGAAUGGUAAUGCGGUACAGUUAAAAGAAGAGGAAGAACCAAUGGAUACUUCCAGUGUUACUCACACAGAACACUACAAGACACUGAUAGAGGCAGGCCUCCCACAGAAGGUGGCAGAAAGACUUGAUGAAAUAUUUCAGACAGGAUUGGUAUCUUAUGUUGAUCUUGAUGAGAGAGCAAUAGAUGCUCUCAGAGAAUUUAACGAAGAAGGCGCCCUCUCUGUAUUACAGCAGUUUAAGGAAAGUGACCUGUCGCAUGUACAGAACAAAAGUGCAUUUUUAUGUGGAGUUAUGAAGACUUAUAGACAGAGAGAGAAACAAGGAAGCAAAGUACAAGAAUCAACAAAAGGGCCAGACGAAGCAAAAAUUAAGGCUUUGUUAGAACGAACUAGCUAUACUUUGGAUGUGACCACAGGACAACGGAAAUAUGGUGGUCCUCCUCCAGAUACUGUCUACUCAGGAUCUCAGCCUGGCAUUGGAACAGAGGUUUUUGUUGGAAAAAUUCCUAGAGACUUGUACGAAGAUGAAUUGGUGCCACUCUUUGAAAAGGCAGGCCCCAUUUGGGACUUGCGACUCAUGAUGGAUCCACUUUCUGGACAGAACCGAGGCUAUGCUUUUAUCACAUUUUGUGGCAAAGAUGCAGCACAAGAAGCUGUUAAGUUGUGUGAUAACUAUGAAAUUCGGCCUGGUAAACACCUAGGUGUGUGCAUCUCGGUGGCAAAUAAUAGGCUAUUUGUUGGAUCAAUUCCUAAAAACAAAACAAAGGAGAAUAUACUAGAAGAAUUCAGCAAAGUCACAGAAGGUUUAGUUGAUGUGAUCCUGUAUCAUCAACCGGAUGAUAAAAAGAAGAAUCGGGGGUUCUGCUUCCUUGAAUAUGAAGAUCACAAAUCAGCAGCUCAAGCUCGACGCCGGUUGAUGAGUGGGAAAGUGAAAGUCUGGGGAAACGUCGUUACUGUUGAAUGGGCUGAUCCAGUAGAGGAGCCAGAUCCAGAAGUCAUGGCAAAGGUGAAAGUUCUAUUUGUGAGGAAUUUGGCCACUACAGUGACAGAGGAAAUAUUGGAGAAAUCAUUUUCUGAGUUUGGAAAGCUGGAAAGAGUGAAGAAAUUAAAAGAUUAUGCUUUUGUUCAUUUUGAAGAUAGGGGAGCAGCAGUUAAGGCCAUGAAUGAAAUGAACGGAAAAGAAAUAGAGGGGGAAGAAAUUGAAAUAGUGUUAGCCAAGCCUCCAGAUAAGAAAAGAAAAGAACGCCAAGCUGCCAGACAAGCCUCUAGAAGCACUGCGUAUGAAGACUAUUAUUACUAUCCUCCACCUCGUAUGCCACCUCCUAUUAGAGGCCGAGGUCGUGGAGGGAGAGGCGGCUAUGGCUAUCCCCCAGAUUACUAUGGCUAUGAAGAUUAUUACGAUGAUUAUUAUGGCUAUGACUAUCAUGACUACCGUGGUGGCUACGAAGAUCCUUACUAUGGCUAUGAUGAUGGCUAUGCUAUAAGAGGAAGAGGAGGAGGAAGGGGUGGGCGAGGCGCACCUCCACCACCUAGGGGGCGGGGAGCACCACCACCAAGAGGUAGAGCUGGCUAUUCCCAGAGGGGGGCACCCAUGGGACCACCAAGAGGAGCCAGGGGUGGGAGAGGGGGCCCUGCUCAGCAGCAGAGAGGACGUGGUGCUCGUGGAGCCAGGGGCAAUCGUGGGGGCAACGUGGGAGGCAAGAGAAAAGCGGAUGGGUACAACCAGCCUGAUUCCAAGCGCCGUCAGACCAACAACCAGCAGAACUGGGGCUCCCAGCCUAUCGCUCAGCAGCCACUUCAGCAAGGUGGAGACUAUGCCGGUAACUAUGGUUACAAUAAUGACAACCAGGAAUUUUAUCAGGAUACAUAUGGGCAGCAGUGGAAGUAAGAUCAAUAAGGAGGGCAUGGGAAUAUUGACAAGAUAAGAAUUUGGCUAUAGUUCUACAUCCUUCCAAAAAUUGGCUUAUUGCUUCAUCCUUCAAUAGUGAUUGGCUGCCAUGUGUAUUGGGCUGAAGAAUCACUCUUAUGUAUAUAUUCAAGUCUUUUUUUCCUCCUUUUCUCAUAAAUGCACUUGGACAUUACUGAGCUUGCAGAUUUCCCAAACAUAGUUUGGGGAUACGAUGCUUUUUAUCGUUUUAGGCUUCAUUUUAGCAGUUUAUCAGCAAGGAUGGGCAACACUGUUAAAUCAUGAUUUUGCAAACCUUCUGUUUUUGGACAGUUUCUUUUCUUUCUUUUUCCCUUUUUCCUUUUUGGAUUUGGGAUAGAUUACAUAGGCUUCUGCUGUACAUAAAGUAAAGCUAGUACUUUGUCUCCGUAGUUUUAAGGAAUUUUAAAAAAAUAAGUUUUCUUGUAUUGAAAAUAACAUGAUUGUAUGUUUUGCAUUCCUAGAAGUAGGUUAACUGUGUUUUUAAAUUGUUAUGACUUCACACCUUUUUGAAAAUCUGCCCUACAAAUUUGUUUGGCCUAAACGUCAAAUCCGUGGCAAUUUGUUCCUUGAUGUGAUUGUAUUUCCAAUUUCUUGUUCAUGUAAGAUUUCAAUAAAACUCAAAAA